CGCCCAUUUCUGCUCUCUAUUUGAGAGAGAGUGUGGGAAAGGGAAAGAAAUCAGAAAUGGAAAAGGUAGUAUGUGUUACAGGAGCAUCCGGCUACAUAGCGUCCUGGUUGAUUAAGCUUCUCCUCCAGCGUCGCUACACUGUUAAGGCCACCGUCAGGAACCUCCGUGAGUCAAGCAAGGUUGGGCAUCUAACAUCACUCGAAGGUGCUAAUGAGAGAUUGCAUUUAUACGAAGCCGACUUACUCGAUGAAGGAUCCUUCGAUUCUGCUGUUGAUGCCUGCCAAACAGUCUUUCACACUGCAUCACCCGUUGCCCUUUCCGUUUCCGAUCCACAGACAGAGCUAAUUGAUCCUGCGCUCAAGGGCACCGUUAAUGUGCUCAAUUCCUGCAUUAAAUCAUCAACCAUCAAAAGAGUUGUAAUCACAUCUUCGAUUGCAUCCGUUAUGUUCAACUACGAUUCGUUAAACCUAGGAGAGGAUGUUAUAGUAGACGAGACGUGGUUUUCGGAUCCAAUCUUCUGCCGGGAGAAGAAGGAAUGGUAUGCUCUGUCUAAAACUCUAGCCGAGACAGCAACGUGGAAAAUGGCGCGAGAGAAUGGGCUCGACUUGGUUACAUUACACCCAGGCUUCACCAUUGGCCCUCCCCUCCAGCCAUCUCUCAACUUGAGCUGUGUUGGUCUUCUCAAUCUCAUCAAAGAAGGAAAACAGUUGCUGCCUAAUGGUGUGUACCGGUAUGUUGAUGUUCGGGACGUUGCUCUUGCACAUAUUAUAGCAAUGGAGAAUCCUUCUGCGAACGGCAGGUACUGCCUGGUCGGGAGGGUGGCUUAUUCGUUUGAAGCAUUCGACAUUUUGAAACUCAUUUUCCCUUCUCUCAACCUCCCAACAACGGAGAAUCGGCCGACUAAGCCCCCAUACCAAGUAUCUAGAAAGAGAGCUGAAAGUUUGGGCAUCAGUUUUAGGCCUCUUGAGGAGAGUCUCAAGGACUCUGUUGAAUGCUUCCGUGUCAGAAAUUUGAUUACCUUGUGAAGUUGUAGUAAUUAAUUCUUAUUGUUUCAGAUAUAAUUAGGACAUGUUCUUCAUCUUAAUUUCCAAGUGGUCCAAAUCAAUAUAUAUAGAGAGAGUUGUUUAUCAUUGAA